AACACAUAGACACGCCCAAUCGGGAAGUCUCCGGAAGUUAGUUAGCUAUAUCAUUUAGCUCCAAACAAUAUAAUACACUUAUACAUAUUUAUUGUCAAGGAUGGACAAGCUUCGUAGUAUGAUAGGGGGACGAGAAGACAACGAGGAAGCAGGGCUCACGGCGCAGGUUCUGGAUGCCUCGACGCUCAGCUACAGCACCCGGGUGAAGUGGUUCGUCAUAUGCUUCGCGUCAGGCAUCCUGUGCUCCAUACUGGGCACUGCACUGCUGUUCUUACCCAAUGGCACCAAGCUGUUUGCUGUGUUCUACACACUAGGUAACCUUGCUGCACUCUCCAGCACCUGUUUCCUGAUGGGACCUCUGAAGCAGCUGAAGAGAAUGUUUGAGCCCACCAGACUGAUAGCCACCUGUGUUAUGCUGCUAUGUCUCAUUUUGACACUUUGUGCAGUUUUCUGGUGGGGAAAGAAGGGGUUGGCCAUCAUCUUCUGCAUUCUACAGUUCUUGGCUAUGACAUGGUACAGCAUCUCUUACAUUCCAUUUGCCAGGGACGCCGUGAUGAAGGUCUUCACCAGCUGUCUGAGUUAGGAGAACAGACGUGGGUUCAAACACUAUUCGAGAUCAGUUUAGCUGGGCUUGAUUGAGCAUGCCUGGCGUGACGGAACCAAUAGAAAAUUGCAUAACUGCAAACCCCACCCACUUAACACUCCAGGAAAGCUAGAGCAAUUUGUCUAGGUAUUUGAAAGAUUUCGAAUUGUAUUUAAACCCAGGUCUAAUGUUUCCAGGCUGUCCGCGUUUUCAUGUGAAGACAAGUAAUGCAGAGUGGAUAUAUGUAAAAUAUGUUUUUCCUUUUUAUUUUCUAAUAUAUAUUUUCAUUGCUGUUUCAUACUAUGAAUCAUUAAUAUUUCCAAUAAUUGUAUAAC